AUGUCGGUUCUACUUGCCGUUGUGAUUUUAAUUGCUGGAUUACUGUAUCUCUACCUUCAGCAGAAAAAGCCAACAAAGACAACAGCAGUGACUGCCACACCGUCGGAGCCAACCGCUCUGCCAUCCGACCAACCUUCCCCGAAAGCGGCAAAAACCGCUGUUCCUCCGGAAGAAGCUGCUCCAUCACCGAGAACACCUGCUUCAGAAGCGACAACGGCUGUGACUGCCGCACCGUCAGAGAAAACCGCUUUGACAUCCGAACAACCUUCCUCACCGGCGGCGAAAACCGUUGCUCCUCCGCAAGAAGCUGCUCCAUCACCGAAAAUCCCUACGUCAGAAGCAGAGAAAAUUGCUGCACCUCCAUCCGUUGCAUCAACAGAAAAAUUAUCUGCCCAAAGUGUACCGAAAGGGAAUAUCGGUCCAGCUUCGCAGGCAAAACCAUCCAAUGAUGAGCCGACUGAUGACGUGACAACAGCUAGAGAAAUUGAAGAUCCGGUGAGGAUUUCUACGUAG